CGACAGUCGCUUGAGCUGUUGCGAUAUUACAAACCAUUAAUUUUACGUUGGCGUUUGCGCUACAACAAAGUCACACAUAAACAUUGGUUAAGAUUUGUAGUUGUUAAAGUGAUACUGUACAGUUAUUGAAAAGAAACAAUGAAGGGUAGCAUAUUCAGUGUUUUGUGCUUAUUUGUGAUGAUCAGUGGGUUAGAGGGGUCGGCUAUCCCGAUUUGGGAGUACUUGAGCAAACAGGAAAAAACCUCUUACAUCUAUUCCUUGUUUGCUAACCAAGUCGAAAAGUUUUGUGAAGGUUCAUCAAUUCCAUUUUGCACCAGACAACUUAUGAAGUAUGGACUUGGGACACUUAAAAAUAUUGAAGAGGAGAAAUUGGACAGCAUGGAUCCUUACCAAAGGGAAGCAAACAAUAUAAUUUGGGAAACUCUUAUGCAAGGCCAUCGCUUUCAAAUUACCACUCCAAAACCUGCAAAAAAAAUAGCAGGAGCCAAAUCUAAACCAAACUCAUAUGAAGAUGAAUCAUUCUCUGACUAUGACGAGUUUGGAACCCAGUCUGCUGCCAGUGCACGGUUGGAUAACGUUUACGUAGUUGCUCCUCCAAAGGAUUUUGUAUACAAACCAAGCAGCGAAAAUAAACAAAUUGACGUACCUGAAAGUUCUGGAUCCACCAUCAUCAAUAUAAUCAAGACACCUGAUGGUGAAGGGGUGUUCAAUCGAUUCCAGAACAAUUACAGGCCAGUGAGUGUGACUACUGAAAGGGUCGCUUCUAGUACCAAAAAACCUUUUUUAAACCGUGACAAUGAUUACCUUUAUGUACCUCUUACUGGUAGGAUGGUUGUGAGGGUAUAUCCAGAUGGAACUCCGGUCAGAGAAAGUACUCAAACUCCACAAGAUGACGAUUUAAGGCAGUAUCAAAUGCAACAUGUAAAAAUUCCAACCUAUUAAUGUACUAGAAUGGAAUAAGACUGGAUUAUAUGCAAGAUGGGUAGGAGGAAACCAGAGCCCUUGGUGCUAUUUUAAGUUCAAAUUGACGUUGAAUCCUGUAUGAAAAUUCUUCAAAUGUUAUGGUAUAGGAUAAAAAGCGUCUGUGAUAAAUUUCGGUCCUUUGUUGCGAUAUUUAUAGAAAAUUUCAGUUUGAGAAACUAAUUGGAUUAAAUCUUUUUUAAGAAUAAUUUAUUAUCCUGCUGUCAAAUUCUAUGGUGAAUGUUUUUUUGUGAUAAUGACUUAAUUUUUAUUUAUUUCAAUGAUAGAUAACGAGUUUGUAUAUUUUGUUAAAAUGCUAUGUUAGAAUAAGAUAAAUUUGGUGUAUGUGUGGGUGUGUCUAAUUUAUUGAAUGGUGUUUAUGGUAUGACUGAUUUUUUUUUAAUAUUUAUGUAAUCGCCCGCUAAGUCUUUUGUAAAUAAUAUUUCAUGUACUAAUUUAAAUUCUCUUUUGCGAAUAUUAAUGUUGUGAUUCGAAUUUUCUGACUCAUGCCAGAAUAUUUCUGGAAAUUCCUAGUGAAAAUUUAUUUAGUUUUUAUUGUUAUAUUUAUUUGUAAGACAUAAUCGUAAGCUUUAUAAGACAUAUUUUUUGUAAUUAAAAUUAUGAACUUUUUGAUAAUCACUGUUGUUUUAAUCGUUAAUAAUUUAUCCAGUAUAAAGGCAUUAUUUAAGCAAUUACAAAUAAAUAAUUGACCAGCUUUAGUCAUUUAUCGCUAAUCAUUAAAGAUAGCACAGGCGAAAUCUGAAUAUGAAGACAUCAAAAAAAGGAAAGUUUAAUUGGGUUUACGUGUAUUUGAUCAAUUAUUGAUAGGUUACCAAAUAUAUGUUCCGUUUAAGUAGUAUGAUAACUUAAAACGCCAACCGUCGAUAACGCUAAGCAUAUAAUUAAAGAGUAUUUUUUAUUAAUUAACUAGGACUAGCUGAUUAUCGAGGGCAGAAUUAUUUGAUUAGCCUUAGGACAAAGUGUAUAACUCGGGGACAUUUAGUUAUCACCAUUGAAUUCCUACUCCGCUAUCUUGACACCGCUUUUGAAGUAUGCGCCAUUAAAGCUGUGCAAUUAGAGAAAGUUUUGACAUAAUUUAUUACUUUGGGAAAUAUUUCAUAAAAAAGACAAUUGUAACGUCUAAAACUUUAUUCCGAUUAUAUAGUUAUUGCCUUAAAAAUAUUGCAUUAUAUAUAUGUUUUUUUGUUCUAAUAAUAAAAAAAUGUAUAAUUG